GAACUCCAAUUCCCGAAUGGCUCAGCCUUCUGUUCUUCGGGCGGUGCUUACUUCUGAUAUUUCCCCAUGAUCAUUGUAUAGUACUUUCAUGUUUACGUCGCACUUCCUACCAUGAAUUUGAUUACCAGAAAUUUCUCCGUAGCAGUUCGGCAGCGUCUGCUAGUGAGCGGCAGUCUUACUUCUCUACGACGGCAGGCAACAUGCGCAGCCUCCUCGCAGACACCAACACCAACGUUUCCUUGCGUCGAUGCUCAUGCAGCUCGCGAAUCCAGGAUAUUGGCAUCCUCAUUCUCGCGAGCCUCAUCAAAUGACAGUGGUCCCGAGCCUCCCUAUGAUCGCCCUAACCCACUGUCAUAUAAUACGUACCACCACCAGCAUCCGCUUGAAUUGACGUACGGGUCCGCCUUGCCAUCGUUUGACAUUGCCUAUGAAACUUGGGGCACGCUCUCUCCAUCCCGUGAUAACGUAAUUUUACUCCAUACCGGCCUCUCUGCGUCAUCGCAUGCCGCCUCUACCGAGCUCAACCCGACAGAGGGCUGGUGGGAAAAAUUCAUUGGCCCAGGUCGCGCACUCGACACCAACCAAUUUUUUGUAAUAUGCACAAACGUGCUCGGAGGAUGCUAUGGUUCCACAGGUCCUUCUUCGCUCGAUCUCGCAGGUCAACGAUACGCAACUCGAUUCCCCAUCCUGUCUAUCUUUGACAUGGUGCGGGCCCAAUUUAAGCUGCUUGAUCAUCUUGGCGUGCAGAAGUUGUACGCCAGUGUUGGCUCAUCUAUGGGCGGGAUGCAAAGCCUUGCCGCAGGAUGGCUCUUCCCAGAACGUGUGGGAAAGAUAGUGAGCAUUAGUGGCACCGCAAGGAGCAGCCCAGGCAGCAUUGCAAUGCGGCAUGCUCAACGAAGUGUUCUCAUGGCCGAUCCAAAUUGGAAUAAUGGCUUCUAUUACGACGACCUACCACCACAUACAGGGAUGAAAUUAGCUCGUCAAAUAGCGACCAUAACGUACCGCUCAGGUCCUGAAUGGGACCAACGAUUUGGAAGGAAACUUCGGGAACUGAAAGAUGGACAGAGCCCAUCUCCAUCGCGGUCGCCGACACUAUGUCCUGACUUCCUCAUCGAAACCUAUUUAGACCAUCAGGGAGAGCAAUUCUGCCUGAAAUAUGAUGCCAAUUCACUUCUUUACAUCUCAAAGGCAAUGGAUCUCUUUGAUCUUACCCUCCCUGCUCUUCAAGAGCUCGCAAUGACUCCCGCAACACAAGCACCGCCAUCCCCAUCAACAUCAGUGGCGUCCAAAUCUCAUCCGCCACCCUUGCAUCAUGCACCUCACCUUCCCGAGCUCGCUGAUGGUCUCCGGCCGCUCAAAUCGAUACCUAUGCUGGUACUGGGGGUCCAGAGCGAUAUCCUCUUCCCAGUCGAGCAGCAGCGUGAGCUCGUCGAUGCGCUUCGUAUGGCUGGCAACACACAAGUCAGCUAUUUUGAGCUUGGUGGUGUCUGGGGACACGAUACCUUUUUGCUCGACGUAUUGAAUGUUGGAGGGGCGGUAAGGGGGUUCCUAUCCUGACGCCGUGUUCUCGAGAUACUGGUUCACCACCACGUUGCUGGUGUUUACCUAUCGCGAUGUUUCAUCGGGGCAACGUUCGUGAGCUGAGAGGGUACUUGCUAAGCAGCUUCGGAGUCCUGAAGGGGUACUUAUGUCAGUCCUGCUAGCUGUCUUGUAAUAUUGGGUGACAAUCAACGUCAUGAAAUUCUUCACCUUCUAAUCU